CAAACCAAGUUCGUGUUUUUUGUAGUGAGCCAGCGCCUAUUUUUGUUGUGUGUAAAGCGGUUAAAAUAAUGCAAAGAUGGUGGCCAGUGCAGUGGUUGCAGCUUAUGCUGAUCCUGAUACUGCUCCUGGUCGCCGUUACACAGUCUGCACAUGGCCAGGCACGACAUAACAACAACAACAACACCAUUGUGAAAAGCAGCCACUUUCAAAACAACAACAACUGCCAGCGCCGGCUUUUCUGGCAACUCUUCCAAUUGAAGGAGACAUGUCCAGCUGAAAUACUGCCACUACGGGGUACCAUCUACAUACUGUACGAUGUGAACAUCUCCGAGGGAUUCAAUCUGCGUCGCGAUGUCUACAUUCGCAUGGCGGUCUUUGUGCGACGCCUGCGUCGACGCAAGCGCUUCCGGAAUGUGCGUCUCGUGCUGCCGCCCUGGCCACGCCUCUAUCACUGGCACUCGCACGGACUCGCCCAGAAGGAUUUGCUGUGGCGCCACUUCUUCGACCUGGCCAGCCUGCGUCGCUAUGCGCCCGUGCUUGACUACGACGAGUUCCUUUCCGAGUAUCGCAUGUUUGGAAUGCCGGCGCCACCGUACGUCCAUGUCUCGCAGGUGUUCCGGCUGACGCACUACGAGAUCAUGAUGGAGCAGGGUGUCUUCAGGGACAAGUACGAGCGGGUGACAGUGCCGGACAGUCCGGACAGUGGUCAACGCCACACGGAUGCCUGCAAUGAGAAGUCCAUUAGUGGUGGACCACUUCUCCAGCAGCAUCUGCUGCGCUACGGACGCUAUCACUGUGUGCGCUUCCAGGGCAGCGCUGGCCUCUUGGAGCGCCUGCUCCGGGAGGCCAUUGCCGAGGACACGUCCGGCGUGGACGAUGCCGAUGACAUGCGUGUCUAUGCGGUGCUCAGUGCCGAGACAGUGCUCCACGACAACUGGGGUGACGAGCACUUCUGGCUGGCCCGUCGAUCCAUGCGCUUUGCCCAGAGCCUCAACCAGGUGGCCGCCGAAUUCCGACUGUUCUCACUCAGUACGACGGACACGUCCGCCGGAGUGCAGCGACCCGCCAUGUGGGAGUUGGAGCGACCCAAGCGAGAUGCCCGUGGUGGCGACUAUCUGUGUGCACACUUGCGCCGUGGUGACUUUGUCAAGUCCCGGGAAUCGACCACGCCCACGCUGAAGGCGGCCGCACAGCAAAUCAAGCAAUUGCUACGGGCAUUCAAUCUGACCACGGUUUUUGUGGCAUCGGAUGCGACGCCAUAUGAGCUGCUGGAGCUCAAGGAGUUGUUCUAUCGCUUUCGCUUUGUGCACUUUACGCCGGAGUCGAAUGUGCAGCGGCAGCAGCUCAAGGACGGAGGCGUUGCCAUUGUAGAUCAGCUGAUAUGCUCCUAUGCCCGACACUUUGUGGGCACCUACGAGAGCACGUUCACCUACCGCAUCUACGAGGAGCGCGAGAUUCUCGGAUUCAGCAAAUCCAGCACCUUCAAUACAUUCUGCAAGGCAUUGGGCGGAAACUGUGCCCGCAAUGCCGUUUGGCCAAUUGUCUGGAAUGACGACGAUGACAAAUUUUACUAACAAUUGUGAAUUUCUUGCUUUUAUACUCGUAUCAUAGUUAAGUGUAUUUUGUACUUUAUCUAGAAAUUUUUUCAAAGACUCUGUAACUUGGAACAAACUGCGAUGCUGUACCAAAAAUUAAAAGCUUUUAAAUACUCAUGUACUCGUAAUACUGGUCAAUCCAA